UUCUGAUGUCACGUGAUGACAAACGGUACAAUAACUCAACCACGCGCGCUAAGCUGUAGGUCUGCUACGCUGUACGAGUCGAACCAGCGGACCGUGUGACUUUGAUGUUUUGUCAUGAACUUUGAGAAAUUCUCUACUCUAAUCGUAUGUUCCUGCUUCUGCUUCACGCUCAGUCGCGAGAUAACGGACGUGAAAGUCUAUUCAAAGUUAAUAGAAGGAUAUAAGACCUUCCGAAUUCCUUGCCUCGCUCGCUCCGCAAAUGGAACUUUGCUAGCGUUUGCUGAAGGCCGUGUGCCGUUGGAUAGACCUCCCGUCGGGAAUAUCUCGACAUGCUACGGCCUAAAUGCCUCACUUCAGGACGGCCACUGUGUCGACAAGGACAUUGUUGUGAAAAGAAGUUACGACGGUGGAAUGUCAUGGAGUGACCCGGAUGUACUUACCAAUACUAAUAAAACCUAUUUUUAUUCAAACAUCAAUACUGCUCUUGAUGUGAAGGAAAGGAUCUAUUUGAUUUAUUCGAGAUGUUCUGUUGAUGACAUCCAUAGCGACUGUGUAGAUGUCAUUCAGUUAUCAGACGAUAACGGAGAGUCAUUCACCUCUCCAGUCUACUUGUCUCACGCUGUAUUGACUGGUGGGCCAAGUGGAGGCUGGGCUGUCCGCUAUGCAAUUGGAAAACCAUUUCAAGGCAGAAUUAUAGUGCCAAAACGAGAAACAGGGUCUUUAUAUUCAGACGACAGAGGUUUGACUUGGAAAUAUGCUUCAGGGAUACAGAACCAGUUCACCAAUGAAGCUGCUAUUGCUGAAGUGUCUGAUGGCUCUCUUGUUGCAGUUUUGAGGGAUGGUUACAUGCCUGUAUUUUUUCGAUCAAUGGAUGGUGGCAUGUCGUGGACAACAUUUAAUACUUCUCGUCUAAUAAAUCCUAACUGUGAGAUGUCACUGACUACUUUUGCGUCUGAAAAUGAGGGAACUAUUACAACAAAGCUUUUAUUAUCACAUUCAAAUACGAAUGUGUCACCGUCUCCCUAUGGACGUCAAAACAUGACAAUUCACAUGUCUAGUGAUGGAGGUUUGAACUGGGUACCAAUUGCAGACAUUGACAAGGGGCCAUCAGCUUACUCAUCAACACUUCAAAUUAACAGUACAACUGCAGCGUGUCUCUAUGAAAGGUCUAAAGGACCACUUCCUGUUGCUUUCGAUUCCAUCAACAUUGCAUUUGUGUCAGUAAAUUGAACAGACUAAUGAAAGGCAUCUGGCAACCAUGUGUAUUGUGUAAUUGUACAACUUUGGCUUGUAAAGCAUGACAUUUUUGAAAUUUGUGUCGUUUGUGGCAUUAUCCCUCUUGCAAUGGCCUGGCGAAUCCGCAUAAAAGAGUGACAAGAGAAUCGCUGCUAGUAGCCCAGGAUAAAGAAGAGCACCAGAACAAUGCUCAAGCUGACCAACGCCAACUGCCAGUCCACCGCUAGCAUAUAGAUGAUUAUGAAGCUCAGGGUUAUCACAUCAGCCAAGGCUACAGCUACUGUAAUGUCCAUUUGUAUCUGUUGCUGUUAGACCCUAACUUUGGCAUGUUUGAAAGGGCAAUACGCGUGAAGUUCCGUGAUGGUCUCUAGUACGUAGCAAAUGAUUCUUGCACAUGGAUCCGCAGUAUAGACUGGCAGGCCAGGCUCAGUCGCUGAGCUAA